GAUUUUUCACGGGACCAAUUUGAAGAGAAUCCCUCCGACCGCUGGGUGGCAACGCCUGCCUGCGAUGACAUGGCUCUGAGUAGUAGGGAGGGAAGGAGUAGUUCUUCUUGUUUUUGUUGGCAGUUUACCCCUAUCAUGAUGCAUUACCGCCAUCUACUGGGUUGACGAUUUGGCCACAACGCCUGCCCAGUUGUUAAUUUUUUUACGAUAAAUACGUAUAUAAUGGCAACUGUUGACUUCUGUCGCAGCUUUGACUGUAAAAUCCCGUUUGGUGUCGUAUCGUUGCGCUGCCGAUGACUGUAAACUUUUAUUGCAAAGUUUGAUUUUUGCCUCAGCUAGCUAUCAGUAAGCUAAACUACGCUGGGCAUUAUGGUAGGGUGACCAAACGUCCUCUUUUGCCCGGACAUGUCCACCUUUCACGUCGUGUUCUCGUCAUCCGGCCGGGUUUUAUAAAUUCAUGAAAAUGUCCGGUUUUUAUGAUUUUUCACGGGACCAAUUUGAAGAGAAUCCCUCCGGCCGCUGGGGGCAGCGUUUGCCUGCGUUGUCGUGGCUUCUACUAGUAGGGGCGGGAGAAGGAGUACAGUUUACCCCUUGUAUUAUGGGGCAUUACCGCCAUCUACUGGGUUGACGGUUUGGCAAGAGAACAGGCAGUGACAGACUACAAUAAGGGGUAGUUUUAAGAGACGUUUAUAGUGCUCCGUGCAACUUUCUGUAAGUUUAUCUUCUGUUAAUGUCGCUCAUGUGUCUUCUGUUAUAUGUUAUACAAUAUACGGGUACAAAGAGAUGUGGUAUAUUAUAUUAGUCUUGUAUUAAUUGUUCUGCGUUCGUGUAUUUGGUUGAAUGUUAGUAUUAUAUUCUAAGUGGGAGCGCCUGCACAGUUGUUAAGAUUUUUUUUACGAUAAAUACGUAUAUAAUGGCAACUGUUGACUUCUGUCGGAGUUUUGGCAUGAUCUGUAAGAUCCCGUUUGGUGUCGCAUCGUUGUGCUACAGAUGAUUGUAAACUUAGAUAGCAAAGUUUGAUUUUGCCUCGUCUCCCGGUACUCGCUAAUUAGGCUCGAGCGUAUGACGUGGCACUCGCGAGGUUUCCGCCGCCAUCGCCAUUUUGGAAGCGGGAAGUUCGGUGUUAGAACCCCGGGAAACAUAAACAGUGAGGCAUUUCAACACAGGUCGCUCUUUAAAAAUGGUUGGAAAUUAUUGUGCGGUAAAGAAUUGCAACAACCGAUCGAAUAGAAAGGAGAACGUACAGCUCGACGGAACCCCACUGAGUUUCUUCCGGAUCCCUACAUGGAGAAAAGGCGAGGGAAAGGUCAUAUCUGAACUUACCAAACGUCGAAGAAUGGCAUGGGUGGCCUCGAUCAGAAGGAAGGGCGUAAUGUUUCAUUCUCCAGUUACACACAGAGUUUGCUCUAUGCACUUCCACUCCGGUCAAUAGCUGCAAGUUGCGCCCUAAGACGGUCAAAUCACUGCAGAGAAGCCAACGAAUGUUCACCUCACAUUAUUCCUUACACGACUCAUGUUUCAAUUUUACAAGAAAUCCUCUUCAAACAGAUGCACCAGCUCCUCAUCAAGCGUCAUUUCCAAGUGGCGCCCCCUGCAGUUUACCCACAGUUCCUAUUAUAACAAAUGGGUCCCGAAACAAAUAUCUCAGGCCAAUACACAGUGCAGGGGACAGAUACUACCGAAGCAACCAACUUCCCAAGUCAGCAGAUGGACAUUUCAGUGCCACCUCUGGUUUCCCCAUUAUUCACUUCCAUUGGGACGAUGCACCGUCCACUUUUCAACGAAUUGAUUUGGACAGGCGCUGUCUGGAUGAGUGUCCCCAAUUGGGUGCCAUGGAUGACCUGCAAGUGCUCAACCUGCAGCACAACCUGAUCACUGGCAUCAGUCAGUUGUCACUCCUGAGGCAGCUCGUCGUCCUCAACUUGUACGACAACGACAUCGUUGACAUGAGUGGCAUCCAAGCGCUGGCCUCCCUGAGAAUCCUCAUUUUAGCCAAUAACAAGAUCCGUAAAAUAUCCUGCUUAGACAACCUUUGCAAGCUCAACAUCCUGGAUUUGCAUCACAAUCAGAUCUCCAAGAUGGAGAACUUGAGUCAUUUGAAGGAGCUGCAAGUGUUGAACCUGGCUGGGAACAGCAUCUCCCGCGUUGAGAAUCUUGACGGUUUGGACUGUUUGACCGAGCUCAACCUGAGACACAACUGCAUCUCAGUAGUGACCGAGGUGGACCGUCUCCCCCGCUUACGGCGCCUCUUUCUCAGCUGCAAUAACAUCAGCAGUCUCCACCAGCUAGGCUGCUCUGGGGAGUCACUCUCGCUUUCCGAGCUCACCCUGGAUGGGAACCCAGUAGCCCUGGAGACAUGGUACAAGCAGGCUGUCCUGCGCUGUGUGCUUCACCUCAGACAGCUGGACAUGAAGCGCAUCACGGACGAGGAUCGGCGCAUGGCUGGUGUGCAGUCUCGGAAAGAGGAGGAGAAGAAGAAGGAGAGUCACAAGCAGACCAUUCAUAAGGAGAAGCGGCGUCUCGCCAUCCGAAAUGCGGCGCAGCAAUGGGAAGGCGUGGUCGCGGCCCGCCCAGAGCUUCCGCCGUCAACCACGACCAACGGCGCCAGAGAAGAAGUCAGCCCGGAGAACAGCCCUGCUCACUGCCCCACGCAGACCAACGGCCUGGCUCAAGAGCCUUCACCGGACGAGCCAAGACGGGUCAGUCCGGGUUUUGGACCAGAACGCGUUAUGGGUGGACCUGAGAUUCGAUUACGCACCAACAGCCGUCCAAACAGCCCUCGAGAUCCAAAGCUGACAGAAGCAGGAAGCGUGACGAGCCUAUCGCUGUCCGACAGUCAUUUAGCCGAGCUGGACGGCGACACCCUGCGCUUGUUCGGCCAUGGUGCCCUCGAGGUACUGGAGAGAGGCUGGGGGGCGCAGACAGCCGCCGCCGUCACCGUCAUCGCCUUCCGCUACAUCCACUUUGACGCAAUCGUACCCACGCUGCCGAGGAUCAGGGUCAAAUUCCCCAAUCUGGCGCAUCUCAUUUUCCUGGAAGCCAACAUCAGCCGCCUGCCGCAGUUGGCCGCUCUGGCUCAAGUUCGGCGGUUAGACCAGCUCACCAUUCACUCGCAGGGCAAUCCGGUGGUCGGGCUUGCCCUCUGGCGCCCCUUCGUCAUCUACCGACUGCACCACUUCAACCUGCAGAAGAUCAACGGCCAGGAGGUGACCAUGAAUGACGUCAUCGCCGCCGAGCGCGUCUUCGGGACGCUGGGCCACGUGGCGGCCACUGAGACGCCACGCUGCCGUCUCCUUUUGUUGCUGGAGGAGUCCAGGAAGCGUCAGCUGCAGUUCCUGCUAGAGGGGCGUGGCCGGCGGGCGGGGCUCAGCCCGGAGGAGCUGCGGGACAACGGGAAGCUGGUGGGCGAAGGCCUAAGCCGAGCGCUCUUCAACUACCCCAGCCGGGAUGGCAGCACGGAGAGCCCGGAGGAGGGCGCUUCGGAGGCAUCGGAGCGCGCCGCCACCGUUGACCUUUACGUCAAGGAUCUGGUACGCCGGGCGUCCGAGACCAACGUAAAGGGCGAAGCCUUGCACCACCUGUGGCCCGCAUUGUUCGCCGAAAUGGUGCGCGACUGCGUGAUAGAGAUGAGAGACCUAGCGGCCUUCCGCCAAGCCAGCCUUGCCAAGCUGUCCAAAUGAAUGAGGACGGCUCACGAUCUUGACCAGUAACCACGUACGCACUCACACCUGGAAGCACCUUCUCCCACAUGAAAGACCCAUUGAUUGAAUGUAGUUGGGACAGCUUUUGAAAUGACCACAAUCUGUUUUGAAUGAUUGUUUUUUUUGUCUUAAACCUCAUAUAUGUUCAUCUUCCAUGUGUCUUGCCUGAUAGAAGACAGAAGGGCACAAACCAGGUCUUUGUUUGAAAAAACACUGGACUUGUCUAUUGUACUGCACUUAGUAUUAAAAAAGAUGAGCUAUUAACACACAUUUGCGCACCUUAUUCCGUUUAAUUCAAAGUACUGUUUACAUGUGUUUAUUUACUUUAAAGAUGGGCUGCAUCCAAAUGAGCUUUUAAUCAUGGUAUAGGGUCAUUCCCUGGUUAAAAAACACAGUCAGAGUGGUUUUCUGAACCAUUCACUUGUGAGAAACCUGCGAUUGUCUCCUGUCUGGCAGUGGGGGCUGCUGAAACGCUCGGUUGGUGCCUAGCUCCGCCUCUUUCCCUGAGCUCCUCCUCCUUAUUCUCACGAAGGUCGCCUAGCCCAACUUACUAUAGGCAGUAAGGUAAUAAAUUUUUUUAUUCAAGAGAUAAAUAAAUAAUGCUAAUCAAUAAUAAUAAAUAAUAUUUACUUAUUAAUGAAAUUUAUUUUACUUACAGUAUAUUGUUUACAGCGUUAACUUUAUGAUAAUUAUUUUUUUUCAAUUUGUCCAAAGUCCACGAUCAUGUUUCUACAUGAUCGUUAUAUUUUCCAUAUUUUCAUGUGAAAUCAUGACAGUUCACAUCAUGUAAAAAACAUAAUUAUCAUUUAAAAACAUACCUCAAAGGGUGAUAAUUAUCAUGUAAAACUCUGAUAAUUAUUUAAAAACGUGAUAAUCAUGUGAAAAUGUGUUAUGAUGUAAA